CUGAACCCCAUAUAAAUCCCUAGAGAUUGCUAUAAUAUCGAUGAUGCUUGGGUGCAAUCUUAUGCGGAAGAAACUUUUUUGCCUAAAGUUUCCUGCAAGAGUACUUUCACGAAGAAAGAUAUAUAUAAAUGCAGAUCUCGAGCAUAGAUUAUCUGUAGCAGACUUCCAUCCGGUGAUUGUUGUUGGUGCUGGCCACGCUGGAUGUGAGGCAGCUACAGGAUCUGCAAGAUCCGGAACUAAGACUACAUUGGUCACUCCAGAUAUCGGUAAAAUAGGAACAGCGUCAUGUAACCCUUCAAUGGGUGGCGUGGGAAAGGGCACGUUACUUCGUGAGGUGGAUGCCUUGGAUGGCGUUUCAUCCAAAGUCACUGAUAAAGCAGGGAUACAUUUUAAGAUGUUAAACGCAUCAAAAGGUGCUGCUGUGCAAGGACCUAGAGCACAAAUUGACAGGAAGAUAUAUUUGCAAGAAAUGCAGAAGGUGAUAUCCGCAUAUGAAAAUCUCCAAGUUUUACAAGCGCUGGUAGAGGAUAUCAUUAUUUCCCCCUCACAACAAUUACCCAAGGACUUCGAAGGCAGGUUUCAUGGCACAGUAAAGGGAGUAGUUCUAGAUGACGGAUCUGUUCUUCUGUGUGGAAAAGUAGUCAUAUGCACUGGUACAUUUUUGGGUGGAGAAAUCCACAUUGGCCUUCAGUGUUUUCCAGCGGGCCGCCUCGGAGAAGAUGCAACCUUUGGAUUGUCAAAAACUUUGCAUGACGCUGGUUUUCGUUUGGGGAGAUUAAAGACAGGCACUCCGCCAAGGCUUCUGUCCAAAAGUAUAAACUACACCUCAUUGCUUCCCCAGCCUUCGGAUUUGCCUCCCAAGCCAAUGUCUUACAUGAAUGAAAGAGUUGAACUUGAGGAUAUGUUGGUUCAGUGUCAUCAAACCAGCACAACCCCUGAGUUUCAUAAGAUAAUCAGCGAUAAUCUUGACAAAUCUAUACAUAUACGCGAAACCGUGAAGGGUCCCCGUUAUUGUCCUUCAAUAGAGUCAAAGGUGAUCAAGUUUCCUCAAAAAACGUCACAUGUUGUGUGGUUAGAACCGGAAGGGUUCGACACAGAUCUUGUGUAUCCAAAUGGUAUUUCUUGCACCAUGCCGAGCGAGAUUCAAGAGAAAAUGAUUAGAAUGAUGCCAGGUUGUGAAAAUGCUGUUAUGCAUCAGCCUGGCUAUGGUGUUGAGUAUGACUAUGUGGAUCCCAGGGAGCUUAAACGUACUUUGGAGACAAAGUUGGUCGAUGGGUUGUACUUGGCUGGCCAAAUUAACGGAACUACUGGAUAUGAGGAAGCUGCUGCACAAGGUUGCAUUGCUGGUAUAAAUGCGGGUCUUUCACAGUUGAGAAAGCCAGUCUUUGAAAUUCAGAGAUCUGGCGGCUAUAUCGGGGUACUCAUAGACGACUUGAUCACAAAAGGUGUUGAAGAGCCCUAUAGAAUGUUUACCUCCCGCUCAGAAUUCAGAUUCUCUAUAAGAGCUGAUAAUGCCGACCAACGCUUGACUGAAAGAGGUUUUCUUGCUGGAGUUGUUGGCAUUGAAAGGUAUUCCAAGUUUCAAAGUGAGAUGACUUGCUUUAACGAAAUAAAGAAUGAUUUGAAGUCGAUUGUCUUAUCAGGAGCUAAAUGGGAACCAGUUGUAAAAGGGUCUCAUAAAGUGAGCAAGUCCACUGUUGUUGAUGGAUGGAAGCUCCUCUCAUAUAAGGAUAUGACAUUUCAAGACAUCAUACCCUUUGUACGAAAAUUGAAGGGAGGAAUAUUGCCGGAAGCCUACAACUCAAUGUCUCGCUGGACUAACGAAAGGAUUGAUAUUGAAAGCUCAUACGAGCCAUGGCUUAAGAGAGAAGAAGCUCAGUUGAAAGCCUACGAAGCGGAUGAAAAUUUACUUCUUCCUACCAACUUUACCUACACUAAUGAGGGAACCCUCAAGCUUUCUCACGAGGCUUGUCAUUUACUUAAUACCAUCCAGCCAAAGACAAUUGGCCAGGCACGGAGGAUACAGGGUGUUACACCUGCUGCCAUAUUUGAGUUGUUCAAAUUGGUGAAAGCAGGGCAAAAAACUGUUUCGUAUUAAGACGCAUCAAAAUUUAAUUUGUACAUAGAUUCAUAUGAUAUUCGACGGCGUGAUUUUAGCACAUGCUCAAA